CGGCUAACUUCGCUAGCUAACUUGGCUAACUAGCUAGCUAACUAAAGUGUAAAGUUACCAGUCGACGGGGGAAAAGUGACUGAAGCGACCGGCCCAAGAAGACAACAAAGAUGAAAACCCCGGCAGACACGGGGUUCGCCUUCCCAGAGUGGGCCUACAAGCCAGAGUCGAGCCCAGGCUCCAGGCAGAUCCAGCUGUGGCACUUCAUCCUGGAGCUGCUGAGGAAAGAGGAGUAUCACGAUGUCAUCGCCUGGCAGGGCGACUACGGCGAGUUCGUCAUUAAGGAUCCGGACGAGGUGGCCCGCUUAUGGGGGGCCAGGAAGUGCAAGCCCCAGAUGAACUACGACAAGCUCAGCCGAGCCCUAAGAUACUAUUACAACAAGAGGAUCCUCCACAAGACCAAAGGCAAGAGAUUCACCUACAAGUUCAACUUCAACAAACUAGUGCUGGUCAACUACCCGUUCAUCGACAUGGGCUCUGGUCGAGGGGUCCCUCAGAGCGCCCCCCCUGUACCAACUGGAGGCACCCACUUCCGUUUCCCCCCCUCCACCCCCUCAGAGGUGCUGUCAUCCAGCGAGGAGCUGCGUAGUCCUGGUAUGUUCAGCAGCGUCGCUCGCCGAAUGGCCCGCGGCUCCGUCAGCGACUGCAGCGACGGCACCUCCACCAACUCGGAGCUGGAGGAGGCGGUGGGGGCUGAGGAGCGCGCCGUGGGGCCUGACCGCGCCUUCAGGGGUCUGCUCCCUCCUCGUCUGCCUCACGAAUCUCUGUUCAGGGUGUACGGUGGGGGGCCCACCCCAGCGGGGCUCCCCAGACCGGCUCCCAGGGUCCACCCCGAACCCCUGUCUCCGUUCCCCGUCUCCCCACUGCCGGGCCCCGGGGGUCUGCUAGCCCCGACUCUGUCCCCAGCUCUGUCCAUGACCCCCACCCCCCAUCUGCCCUUCACCCCCUCCCCCUCUCUGUCCUCCCCCAUGAUGGGCUCACACUUCUCCUUCAACCCGGAGGACAUGAAGCACUACCUUCAGGCCCACACCCAGUCCGUCUACAACUACCACCUCAGCCCCCGGGCCUUCCUCCACUACCCCAACAUCGUCAUCCCCCAGCCCCACCGCCCCACCCCGGAGAAGCCAGCCGCCCACCACCUCCACGGCCCGCCCCUGCCGCUCUCUCAUUCGCUGAGCCAGCAGCCGGGAGGCGGGGACGAGGGGCAUCAGCACCCGUCGCCGUUCAAGUUCAAGCUGCAGCCGCCGCCUCUCGGCCGGAAACAGAGAGACACAGGAAGUUCAGUGGCCGCUUCCUCCUCCGGCCAAUCCAACGCAUUCACAGGGUCCGCUCCCAUAAACAGCUCUGCUCUGUCUGUGGGGCCCCCCAAGAUCAAGGUGGAGCCGAUAUCCGACAUCGAGUCAGAGGAAGAGGUGGAGGUGACUGACAUCAGCGAGGAGGAUGAGAUCAACCAUGACGAGGAUGACGAAGGCGACAUCUUCACCCCGCUGGCUCGUCACCAUCAGCUCAACAACCACCACCACCACCGGGCCAACGGACGCGGCACCAGCCCGUCCGCUCCGCUUCCUCCGCACAUCAACCCCGAUGAAGAUCCAGACGACGACGAGGAGGUUUUCAAAACUCCCGCCACUCCUCCUCUGGGCGGAGCCAACAUGCCCUUCCCUCUGAUCAACCUGAAGACGGAGCCGGGUCAGGGCCAGACGGCUCCCAUCAGCCCCGGGGGCACGCGCUGCAUCCCGCUCAAACUCCGCUUCAAACGCCGCUGGAGCGAAGACCAGAAGAUGGAGGCGGACGGAGAGAGGGAGGAGGCGGAGGACAAGAAAGUGAAGGCCGAGGGAGAGGAGGAGGCGGAGGGGAAGAGAGGGGGAGAGGUGGAGAAUGGGGGAGGAAGAGGAGGAGGAGGAGGGGGUGUUAUUUUGGGGCUGAUGCUGCCGCCGCCUCCCACCCAACGCAGAGCGAGUUCGGAGCUGCAGAGGGCCACGGCACAGCUGUCUCUGGAAAACACCGGCUGCUGAGCCUCACACACACACACACACACACACACACACACAGGGUCUGCUGACGUACACAACACAAACACACACCUCUGGCAUCAUGUCCACGAAUUUAGUUUCGUGUAGACCAUAAUGCAUUGUGGGUUCUUGCUGGCAGUAGUGACUGGAGCUGCUUUAAAAAUGAAGACGAGGACAUUGUUUUUGCUCUGGUUUAAUGCUUUUUUAAAAAUGAUCCAAUGCUAUAUUAUAUCCUGAUCUGUUUAUCGAUACGAUUUAUUAUCUCUGAAUGUAGAAACAGAUCAACUAUACCUGUCUGGUGCUAAUUUUAUCGAAACAUCAGAUAUUUCCCAUCACUAAUAGUCAUGCAGCUUGGCUUGGACGCCGUUGGUAUUUGUGUCAAAUAAUCAUUUUCGAGUUCUGUCAUGUCAUCGUUGUUUCUGACAUGAAGUCACCAUUUCCUCUCGACAAUGACUGUUUCUCUUUGCAAAAAUUUCCACCAGUGUAGACAUGAGUUUGAUGUCAUUGUUUUGCAAUCCAACAAUUGAUGCAGCUGAAAGAACGCGAUUAUCUCAGAGCCAUAUGAUUUAUGACGGACCCACUUCUCAUUUCCCGUCCCUACACAAGUAUUUUGAAUUAUUCUGAUAAUUAAAGGGGCUUUUUGGCACCUUUUUCCCCUAAUUUAUGCAACAGUAAAAUAUUUUCUGAUGAGAUGAUGCAGUAAAGCAGAAGCUGAGAGUGUUACUAACUCUGCAGUCACUACUAUCAGCACGUAGCUACAAGCUUUGAGACGUAUGUAAAGUCCUGAAACAUACAUGUGCCUGUGUAGCCUCUAAUGUACUGCAAGGCAAACACACCUUUACGGCCCUGAACCAGCAGAAGGUGUGUGUCUGAUGUGACUUAAAACACUAAAACAAAACCAAACUUCAUCUGAAUCUCGACUCGUUUCCCUCCUGUUGAGUCCUGCGGUGACCGAGUCUCUCUUAAUACACUUUGGGAUUUUGCACACUGCCUUUUUCCGAAGCCUCUGAGAUCGCCUCACAUCACACAACGUGCCCCGGAAACAUGUUUUUAACCAGACCGGCCAUCAGACUUGACUUGUAUUUGUAACUCAACUUGAUUCAGUCGUUGUGAAGAGCUCCAAGUCUUGUACAGCGGGUGUGUCCGGCGGCGCGUGGCUCCCAUCGAAACAUGACUAUACACUUUGAACGGCCCUGAUAGAGAUUACAGAAGUGCCUCUCUGUCUGCAACUGUUUACAAGAUGGAGGGAUGCACCGACGCAGACCCAGGAGCAAAUUUACUCUCCGUUAAAGCGAUGGUUUUAAAGAACUUUCCAAUUGCGGACACUAUCAAACUGCACCAGGCCUGACGGAGACGCUUCACAAACACUACAGUGUAUAAAGACGUGAAAGCAGGGUGGAUUUGUACAUGCUAUGGACCGAGAAAUUAAAUACGGGGAGGAGAGGAAUGGAGUUUGUCCCCUGAAACUCUGACCUGUCAAACAGAUGGACGUUUGUUAGCCAGCAAAUGGACUUGUUCCUUCUGUACAGAAAAAAAAAAAAAAGAAAGAAAGAGAAUCUUCGAGGAGAGCAACGCCGGCAGGAUCAUUUCUCUUUUUCUCAUCACUUCUUGAGGGAAUGAGGAAGCAGCUCGUGGCAGGGCUGUUAUUACUAAAGACACACUUGUUUUUGUGGAUGUGUGUGCGUGGACCCAGACAUGGUGGAUACAGGGUGGGGGCGUGUUGGAGUGUUUCCUGUGUGACUUCUUCUUGUUCUUCGCACAAUCUCGGAGGAGAAUUUGAGGGCAUUUCCCAGUGUCUUCUCCCCCCCACCCCACCCCACCCCGAAUCUACAGACUCACAGCUCUACUGCAUUCCCACCCGUUACUUCUUUUUACAGACCGUUUCUUUCCGUCUGAGGACGCUCGUGCCUCUUAAGGACGCAGGCAGUAUUUUACUCUCUGUUUUAAGGGCAUUCGCGGUGAUCUGUGUUUAGGAGAAUCUGUUCACGUGGCGAUCGGGAGGCGACGAUCGAAGCCAAUUGAUUCGCGGAGAGCAGGAUCCAUGCAUUUGAAUGUUCAAGCAUCAAGGUUAGUUAACUCAGGCGAACCUUUACUGAGAUAAAACAGCUUAUUUUUAUGACAUUUUAUUCGUAUAGUUUAAAAGAAAAGACAUUUUUGCCCAUUUUAAUGAACAAACAAUCCCAAAUAUUUGUGCCUUUUUUAAGCCAACAUGAGUUUUUUCCAGUUAGCCCCAGCAAAACGUAUCAGACUACCACCAUGCCUUCUGCUUUUGUAAAAGAGAUACAGAAUAAGUAAAUCUACACAUAUAUAUUUUAUUCAAAUAUAUAUUGAAUUCAAAUAUUAUAUUUCAAUAUGGUCAUUUGAUACAAAUCAGGAAGAUCCUACUAUUUUUAAUGGUAAAGAUGUGUAUAUAUUCUAAUGGGCAUGUUAUUAUCAGUAUAAUUCAGCCUUUGCCUUCUCACCCUUGCCUUCUCUUGACCGUUGAGCCGCAGUGACAAAAGGCCACCGGUGUCAGAGUUUAUAUUUAUAUUGUAAAAAAUUAAACCGUUAUUGUGUAUUCAGGGGAUGGAGGGUGUGACCGGACAAAUUUACCUACUUAGUGUUAACAUCCGUGGAGCGGCGGUGGCGGCGGGGCAGACUGGGCGGGGCUUAACGCAUCAGAAUAGAGGAAUAGAGCAGUCAGUGCCAGUCACAAUUAAAUGAAUUUACUUUGUAAAAAAGUUAAAAAAAAAAAAAAAAAAAAAAAAGAACAGAUGUGAAGUAUUUGCAGCCACUGUUUGACCAGUUCGGC